CCUGAAAAAUCUUUCGAUGAAAUAUUAGCAGAGCUUAGGAAACAACAAGCGAUACACCAUGCUGCAACACUCACCGAGCCCAAGUCUCCACUGCGCGGCCAACUUAAGAAAGUUCCGCCCCCUGUACCUCCCAAAUCGUGGAAAACAACCGCAAACCUCAACCUCUCAAUGGAGUAUCAAGAAAACAGUGUGUCAGUCAAUGAAACGGAAUAUGUAGAACAUGCCCGAUCAUUGCCUUUGCCUUCUGAGGAAAACGAUGUUCCAUCUAGUGCAACUAUUCCCACCAAAAGCACUCCUCCUGAAAAUAGUUCCCUCACUAAGGAAAGCUCAGGUGAUGGAAGCAUGAAUGAGAACUUGCAGCUGCCUGUGAAAUCAUUUUUUGACCAAGAACACGAAGUGACAGUGUUGCAAGCACAAAGUAACGAUGCGCUUUCUUCAUCGCCUACCGCUUGGAGUUACUCAACCUUUCUGCGUGGCUGCAGUGAGGACUUUGUGGACAGUUCCCCUAGACGGCGCCACAACCUCCGUCUCUUGGCUGAUGUGUCAGUCAGCAGUGAUGCAUUGCCAGCAGUAACAGAGGCCAGAAAUCUUCAUGUGUCAGGGGACGUUAGGCAGGAGCAAAGCCCAGGUCUCACAAGUAACUCAACUACUCUGAGGCCUGUCGACAAGCCACUGCCAGUUGGACAUGUCUCAUCUCCUGAUCAGCAAGAGUAUUUUCUUUACAAACCCAGCACUGAGUCCAAGAGUAUGCCACAAAUGAAGUUGUUCAGCUUGAAUUAUAAGAAGAAAUUGGAGGUUGAAGAUUCAUGCAGAGAGAUAGUUGCUGCAGCCUGUGAGCGGUACGAACCAGUCACCAACUUGGGCCACAAUAAUGAAGAUAUAAGCGUUUCCGUACUGUCGGCCGAGCAAAGCCAAGAGGUGCAGGUUGAUGACAAUCCAGCUUCUAGUGCCAGUGAAGUUUUGCGAGAGUCAGAAGAACCCAGUAGAAACAAGGAAAGACGCUUCAGUCUCAAGCUGAGUUCAAUGAGGAAAAAGAAGGUCGACAAGCCGACAAAAAAGCCUGACUCCUUUGAGCAGCCAAGAAUACUGGCAGCGCUGCGGCAUGAGAGCAAGCCAAGACUUCCAGUUGACAAGGGCAGUAUGAUGGAUGCCUACCUUCGCUCAUUGGAGAUGCAGCCAAAGUCACAGCUACGUAAUCAAAGUGAUGAUAGCCUGGACUUGUCAUUUCAAACAAAUGGGGAGGAUGGUUGGGAGUUUGAAGAAAUCACGCUGGAAAGGGGUGGAGCUGGCCUGGGUUUCAGCAUUGCUGGAGGCACAGAUAACCCUCACAUAGGCGAAGACCCCAGCAUCUACAUAACCAAGCUCAUAUCUGGCGGUGCUGCUGCAGCUGACGGAAGGCUACAAGUCAACGACAUCAUCCUUAGAGUCAAUGAUGUUGACCUCAUAGACGUCCCACAUUCCAUAGCUGUUGAAGCUCUCAAACGAGCAGGGAACUCCGUUCAUUUGCUGGUGAAGCGCCAGCGGUAUCCGGGACCCCAGGGUGCCAGCCAGCAGCAGCACACGCCACCGCAAGUGGUCGAGAUCGAAUUGAUCAAGGGCAACAAGGGCCUGGGCUUCAGCAUUGCCGGUGGCAUCGGCAACCAGCACGUGCCGGGUGACAAUGGCAUAUACGUCACCAAGGUCAUGGAGGGCGGUGCCGCACACCUUGAUCGGCGGCUUGAAGUUGGCGACAAACUGGUUGCUGUGGGUGACGUCAACCUGGAAAACGUCACCCACGAGGAAGCGGUGGCGACGCUGAAGAACACAGGCGACCACGUCAUCCUGACAGUGGUCAAGAGCCAGCCCUUUUCGUUCAUCAACCACUCCCUGCCCCCACCUCCCCCACCUCCAGUGCAGGAGACGCGCCUUGGAACACCCCCCCUGAACCUGUCCCUAGGGGAAUACCAUAGUGAUACGAACUUGAGCACCUCCAAAGCACCCAGUGAUGAAGACAUCCCAAGGGAACCCCGCAAGGUAGUUCUGGCCAAGGGCCCCACAGGGCUGGGCUUCAACAUCGUCGGCGGCGAGGAUGGCGAGGGCAUCUUCAUCUCCUUCAUCCUGGCUGGAGCACCCGCCGACGCAAGCGGGGAGCUGCGGCGCGGAGACCAGAUACUCUCCGUGAACGGCGUAGACCUUCGGCACGCGACGCACGAGCAGGCGGCGGCUGCCCUCAAGGGGGCCGGUCACACGGUCACCAUGGUGGUUCAGUACAGGCCCGAUGAGUACAACAGAUUUGAAGCCAAAAUCCACGACCUGAGGGAGCAGAUGCUGAACACAACGGGCAGCCUAAGGACUUCUCAGAAGCGGUCGCUUUACGUCAGAGCCCUCUUCGACUACGAGCCAUCUCGCGACAGUGGGCUCCCCAGCCGAGGUCUGCCGUUCCGUUUCGGUGACAUCUUGCACGUCAUCAACGCAAGCGACGACGAGUGGUGGCAAGCGCGAAAGAUUCUCCCUGAUGGCCAUGAAGACUUCAUCGGCAUCAUUCCCCAGCAAACCAGAGUGGAGAGGAGAGAACGUGCAAGGCUUAAAUCAGUCAAGUUUCAAGGAAAGAGCAGCUAUAGCGAUGGCAAGGGCACGCUAGAAAGGAAAAAGAAGAAUUUCUCAUUUUCAAGAAAGUUCCCCUUCAUGAAAAGCAAAGACAACAGCACGGAAGAUGGAAGUGAUGUUGAAAGGGACGGGUCUCCAACCAAAGACACAGCAAACACAUCCUACGCAAGUGAUAGCGAGGCGAGCAGCACAAGAGGAAUCGAUGAGCCUGUUCUUUCUUACGAGGCAGUGGUACAACAAGAAAUUACUUACACGCGACCCAUAAUUAUCCUGGGACCUCUAAAAGACAGGAUCAACGAUGACUUGAUAUCAGAGUACCCCGAAAAAUUCGGCUCUUGCGUUCCACACACGACCCGACCAAAGCGAGACUACGAAGUGGAUGGACGUGAUUACCACUUUGUGGCCUCAAGGGAACAGAUGGAACGUGAUAUCCAGAACCACCUCUUUAUCGAGGCUGGCCAAUACAAUGACAACCUCUACGGCACCAGCGUUGCCUCUGUUCGGGAAGUGGCCGAGAAGGGAAAACAUUGCAUUCUAGACGUAAGUGGCAAUGCAAUCAAAAGGCUUCAAGUGGCUGGCCUUGAACCCAUCGCCAUCUUCAUCAAGCCAAAGUCAGUCGAGUCAAUAAUGGAAAUGAACAAAAGGAUAACAGAGGAACAGGCACGAAAAACUUUUGAGCGAGCAGCAAAGCUUGAGCAGGAAUUUGCUGAAUACUUCACAGCUAUAAUUCAAGGGGACACGCCGGAGGAGAUAUACAAGAAGGUCAAGCACGUGAUCGACCUUAACGGAGGAUCGUCAGCCUGGGUAGCGGCGAAAGAAAAGCUGUGAGAAUGCAGCAGCCUUUUUCGGACGAUGCCCUAAGCACGGGCGAAGGGGAACUUCUUUUAUUUUCCCGUUAAUUUCUCUUGUUCGUGGAAAAAGUGGCUUUCAUGAGGGAAGAAACAAAAAAAUUCGACCCGUGGAUCCUCCAUCGGAGAAUGUGGAGAAGAGAGAGGUUUUAUGCACAUGAGCCAGAUGCAGGAGGCAUUUUUCUUUUUCCAAUCGACCGAGAGCGUUCACCAUGAAUGACAGUGGUGUGUGAAUGUGCGCGCGUGUGCAGCAAGAACACUGACGCUGGGUGGGGGUGGUGUUGCGCGACACACCGAGUGAGCCGUCACCCACUGCAAAGUCACCAUGGCACAGAGAGAAGAGCCGUGACUGCAGCUCUGAGUCUCUCUUCGUUUCUUUUUUACUUUUUGGUGCAUCCUUUUGUAUUAUAAUGUCACUCUCUUGUCUGCCAGGCACUCUCUUCCCUCUUGUCCUGUAUAACCCGUAAUGUGUAAUCCUUUGCCUGCCUUCGUUUCCAUGCCCACUUCUUGCAGGACAGUGAAAGGGCCUGAACAGCUGUGAAUGGGCCAGUCCGUACUAUUGCUAGGUUCUUCCCCAUAUAGCCAACAGUGCAAAAAGGCAAUGCAAUGCAGCAGAACUGUCGUGUUUCGAGGUAGAGGCUAGGGUCAUAUUUCUACAGCUUCAGUUACAAUGCAAGACACUGUCUGAAUCUUUACAAAGCAGGAUCCUAGCAGCUCCUUGUGUUGGGCAUGGUGUGGGAGGAAUCUAGCAUGUAAAUUACAGAAAGGACCCAUGACGUAAACAUACAGUUUUGCCUCUGUUCAGGCAAAACUAUAAAACAAACAUAGAGGUUGUCAUAAAACAGUACGAGCUUACAAAACCCCAGGUCCUCUCAGCAUACAAGAGAUUACUGUCAUGCCUUUCCUAGUGGCUGGUGGCGACAUUCUGGAAGGUGUUGAUGAUCUUUGCAUUCUAUUUUUAUUGAGUGCUUUUGGCAGCUGGAAUGUCAGGCACACACUUUCUUGUCCUAGAGGAAAGCCAUGACAGAGGUGUAGUAUUGCUGAAACUUUCCUUUGCAUAUUCGGCAGAGGGCCUCAAGCGAAUUAGGCUAAACACCUAUACAUACAGAUGUCUGUAGCAGAAGAGGGCAGGCAGUACCCUUCAAGAGUUCUUUUUGUUGUUGUUGUUUCUACAUAGAUUUCUUUUUAAUUCAUUCUUUCUGGUGCCGCUGCUGAAAACAAGCAUCCUUUGCACAGUUGUUUCACUUUCAUGUUUGACAUUUUCCAACUCUACUGUUACUCUGCUACCACAUUUGUAGUUCGUCAGUGCACGGUCUGGAAGGAGGCGUGUUGCGUUGACGGCGCAGAGAUGUCAUGCGAGGCAUUGCUUCAAGCACUGCAUGGGUUGCAACACAAUGUACAUAGACUUUACGAAUGGAUGCGUGAAGUAUACAAACACCUGCCCCACACCCUUGAACGCAAGAAGAAGGCGUUUGCAAACAUGACUCACCAAGGGGAGGGUUAUUGCAUCGUUGUGCCAUUCGAUUGCUACAUUCGGCUUGUUUUAGCUUUCUAAAUUGUUCGUUUCUCGUAUGCCUCUUAUACAGCGCUUUGCUUUCGAAGGGACCAUUCAAAGAGUAUGGUAGUAGACCUCCGUACAUUUUGGCAAGCACAGAAAAUAAUAAAGUGUUCAUUGUUCACCCUUGUAGGGAAAGCUUUCUUAAUGCUGAGGCUGUCAAAUCGGGCUCUUUUCAGCACCUCAAGUUUGGAGAACUAGUUUGUAUAGAAAGUACAAAUGUUGCAUAUCAGAGGUUGUCAGGGAAAACAGGUUGAAUAUUUCAAGUUGCUCCAAUUUGCCUACCAUGGUCAAAGGCUAUGAUUUGUGAAUGAGCCUAAGCGUGGAAGCUUGGUGGGUUGCUUUGUACUGCACACGGCACAUUUUUGUUAGGCCAGACUAACGUUGACCAUUGUGUUGUGAAAUCGCUCUUGAGCUCAGCAGUUUUGCAAAAGCGAGCUUGUACUUCCAAACACAUUGUCACCUGCUUUUGUGUAGAUCCCCCAAGAUUUGUCUAGAUCAAUGUAUUCAAGUUUUGAAAGUGUGCGAACAACUCUUUAUUUUUGUUUAACACGCACUGAGGCCACAUUUGGCUUGCCUACUUUUUGAAUGGUCCUUGAGGAAAUGUAAGGGCAAAAAAAAAGGCUGCCAGAACAUGUUAGGUACUUCAAGGCACUUUGUUCGGCUGGGUGCGUCAUGGUAGUUCCUUAGGCCACUGCAGCCAAAGUAAUCCGUAAAUGAACUUACACUGGCAGCAGCCAAUACCGAACUUUGCAAACUGCAGUUUCGUUAGUGCAGCUGCCAUAGGAAGUGAAGUGUAAAUGUGUGUCAUGACAAGACUGAUUCUUUGCUGUUGCUGUUAUCACCCUUGUCUGCCUUGAACGUCUAAAGUAGAAGAAGCAUGCUUUGUUUCAUUAAGCUGCUUGACGCGACUUGUUCAGUUUAAAGCUGUGAAUGCGCAAAAGAAAGCGGUAACUGUGCGCUUAGCUCAAACCGUGGCACAGGAGCCACAGUAGUCGCCGCUCCUUGCAAACUGGAGGUCAACUGUAUCAUCAUCUGAUGACAAGAACCCAUGUACAGAGAGAGAGGGGCCCGAAGUAUUUUAACCCCACUGUAGCAGAAAUCUCGUCCCCCCUUCCCUUUCAUUCCCUUUAGUAAAUUAUUUGCAUAACUCACGUUCCGUUGCACAAGUUCGUACAUAGGUAAUAUCUAGGCUGUGAAUUCAUUGCUUUUAUUCUUUACAAUUUCUAGCAACUAUGCUAAUGCUUGAUGUGCCUACACCACUUAAUUACAUGGCUGAAAGAAGAAAAAAAAACCUCCCAAAGUCUGCAGCAUACUUGCUUCUGCAAUUGUUACUUGAAAGCUCGCGUUGUUUCUUGUGGGGCAAGCAUGCUAACAUCCUGCGUGCUGUUGAUCAUGGUACGAAUGCGUAGUCUGGAUGCUGUAACAUACAGUACAAGGAGUAUCACACACUUGCGGAUAGACGCACCUUCGAUUCCCCUUUUUUUUUUAGUAUGAGCACAUGGCGAUGCACAUGAAACUUGUAAUAAUGUACACACACACACCACACACACACAUCCGCACAUGCUUCAUGCGCGAUAAGAGAAGUACUAAUGUCUUGGCUUGUGUUCUUAAGGUGCUAGUUUGUUUUGUGCUAUACUACAUGGCAUCGCCACCGAAAUGUUUUUUCAUUGUUGCCUCCACGUUCCCUCCCUCUCCUCUGUUGGCGAGGUGUUGACAAGUUCCCAGCUGUAGACUAAAUUCCCAGCGAGGACUUUGUGAUAUAUAUAGCGUUUUGUGUUUAUUCAUCCACUGGCUUCCCCAUUCCCAUUUGUGUAUUACUAACAAGCACAUUUGCUUUGCUGCUAGACAAGGUUGUUUUUAUCAUCAAUGCACUGUGAAUUGUGAUUGUAUGUUAAUUAUGCAGACAUCUUUUUAAGUUUUAUUGAGGAGGGUUACACCUGCAGUAUUACAUCAUUGCUCCUUUGUUUUACUUUUGGCAAUAUGUUGAAGUCUUGCAGAACCCCCAAAAAUGGAAAAAAAAAAAAAAAUGAAACUGAGAUCUGACUGAGGAUUAUACAGACAGAUAUAUAUAUUGUAUGUACAUGUAUACAGGUAUACAUACAAAUAAAUUUAUGAGGAAAAGA